UAAUUAACCAGCUGCAGGAGUUUCUCUGACAGACACACACUGACUGACUGACUGGAAACACACGCUUCUGAGUGCCAUGCCGAACAAAGUCAAGAAAGACAAGGAUUCAACAAAAUCUGCAAAAGUUGGUAAAUCAGGAGGACAGGAGAACUCCGAACAUGAGGGAUCGAACAAGAAGGGUGGGAACAGCGUCCCGCCGACCACACAGCUGCUAAAGGGGAAGCCGUCGGGAUCUCAAACCACGCUUAAGAAAGAGAAGAGAACGAGCUCGUCCAGAUUCAGCGUGAGCAACAACCGAGAACUACAGAAACUGCCUGCGUUUAAAGAUGUUCCUCCGGCCGAGCAGGAGAAGCUGUUCGUGCAGAAACUGCGCCAGUGUUGCGUUCUCUUCGACUUCGUGUCGGACCCGCUGAGCGACCUGAAGUGGAAGGAGGUGAAGCGGGCGGCGCUCAGCGAGAUGGUGGAGUACAUCACACACAACAGGAACGUCAUCACCGAGCCCAUCUAUCCAGAGGUGGUCCACAUGUUUGCAAUCAACAUGUUUAGGACGUUACCGCCUUCAUCGAACCCGACCGGCGCCGAGUUCGACCCGGAGGAAGACGAGCCCACGCUCGAGGCGGCCUGGCCACACCUGCAGCUCGUCUAUGAAUUUUUCCUGCGUUUUUUAGAGUCUCCAGACUUUCAACCAAACAUAGCCAAGAAAUACAUCGACCAGAAGUUUGUGAUGCAGCUCCUGGAGCUGUUCGAUAGUGAAGACCCUCGAGAGCGUGACUUUCUGAAGACGACUCUCCACCGAAUCUACGGAAAGUUCCUGGGUCUCAGAGCUUACAUCAGGAAACAGAUUAAUAACAUUUUCUAUAGGUUCAUCUAUGAAACGGAGCAUCAUAAUGGAAUAGCCGAAUUACUGGAAAUUUUAGGAAGCAUAAUCAACGGCUUCGCCUUACCGCUGAAAGAAGAGCACAAAAUCUUCCUUUUAAAAGUUUUGUUACCUUUGCAUAAAGUGAAGUCCCUCAGUGUUUAUCACCCACAGCUGGCUUACUGUGUGGUGCAGUUUCUAGAGAAGGACAGCACUCUUACUGAGCCGGUGGUGAUGGCUCUGCUCAAGUACUGGCCGAAGACUCACAGUCCAAAGGAAGUGAUGUUUCUGAACGAGCUGGAGGAGAUUCUGGACGUCAUCGAGCCCUCGGAGUUCGUGAAGGUGAUGGAGCCGCUCUUCAGACAACUGGCGAAAUGCGUCUCAAGUCCACAUUUCCAGGUUGCGGAGCGAGCGCUCUACUACUGGAACAACGAGUACAUCAUGAGUUUGAUCAGUGACAACGCUGCGAGGAUCCUCCCCAUCAUGUUCCCGUCGCUGUACCGAAACUCAAAAACCCACUGGAAUAAGACGAUCCACGGGCUGAUCUAUAACGCCCUGAAGCUGUUCAUGGAGAUGAACCAGAAGCUCUUCGACGACUGCACUCAGCAGUUCAGAGCAGAGAAAAACAAAGAGAAGGCGAAGUGGAAAGAGCGCGAGGAGGCGUGGAUGAAGAUCGAGAGUCUGGCCAAAUCAAACCCACAGUUCGUCAUGUACGUCGACUCCUCGAGUCUCAGCAGUCCGGUGGAUAUGGAGACGGACGGGCCGAUGAUCGAUGAUGUCAUGAUGCUAAAGAAGACCGUAGAAGAAGAAGCCACUCCGCUCCAGCGAGACCAGCGUAAGGAACGGCCCCUGAUGCGACGCAAGUCUGAGCUCCCGCAGGACUCCUGCAUGAUGAAGGCCUUAGAGACGCACCGGCGCGCAGAGGACAUGAUCGGCCCCCAGGACCCCCACUAGAGGACCAGAACCAAACCCAGUCUCGACCCGACGGCAGCGCGCAGGACGGUGUGGCCCCGGUGUGACACACUCACACACACACACUCUCUCUCUCACACACACACACAGCCGGAUCUGCCCUCCAGAAGCAUCGCACCGGAGACCGUCCUCCAUCCAGACCCUCUCCAGUCCUGCCUCUUUCUGCUUCUGCUUUCCUUCGUUCGUAUGUUCGUUCGUUUGUUCGCAUGUUCGUUCGUUC